AUGAAAACUAAUUCACCAUUCAAUAACUUCAAUAAAAUACUCUUUAUUCCUUGUUGGUCAGUAGGAAAUGUAGGACAGUUAUGUGCUGACUUGAUUAUUAAUUCAUUAGAACUUAAACAACAAGUAAUUCUUCAAAAUGAAUUUCUCAUUCCAUAUGUUGCACCACCCAUUUAUGACCACAUUAAAUCACCAACAUUUGCUGCUACAAUUUAUGGGAAUGAAGAAAUGAAUGUUAUUCAAUUACGAUCAACGUUUAUUGCAUCUAGAUACCUUGAAUUUUGUAGAGACUUUGCUGAAUGUAUUAAAUCAUUACAACCAUCUGAAGUUAUAUUUUUAUAUUCUUCUUCAAAAGGAGAGUUAGGGGAUAUUUUGUUUAGUAAUGAUAAAGUUAUUGAAAAAUCACCAAUAACGAAAGAAUUAUAUUCAACUCUAUCAAAAAGUAAUCUUAAAUGUAAGAUUGUUCAUUGUACUUGUUAUGAAGGUGAUAAUAGACUAGAUGCUAUUCAAAUGUAUUCUUUCUUAAAGAAGGAAUAUCAAUGGAAUAAAGAAAUUAAACAAGUUCAGUCAUGGAAUAAUUCUACAUUAUGGGGUGAAUUAGAUGAAGAUGUUCGAGCUGUUAUGUUUUAA